UGGUUAGUUCAUUUCUUAUGUAUCGUAUCUCAUAUAUGUACCUCCGCAAUAAUGAAGUCAUUUGUCUUUGCAUAAUACCAAACUAAACAUUUGUCAUCUUGUUCUCAUCAGUACGUAAUAUGAUUUUGCAUAAAUACCGGCUCCAUCCCGCCACUAGUACUCAUCUCUUUCCCAGAAGCUCCAUUUCUCCUAAAGAAGCUCAAAUCUCGAGGGGAAGCUGCUAUAGAAAUGGAUGCAAGGAAAAUGGUGGGAAUCAUAACGGUGAUGCUCAGUUACUUGAAAUGGGGAUGGGAAUUUCUGCUCCACACUUCCUUCUUCCAUUCUCACCCCCACUCCCACCUUCUUCUUCUUCAAGACCCAACCGCUGCCGCCGCAGCAGCUCACUACCGUCCCCGCGGCGGCGGGGCGGCCGACGAGGAAGCGGAAUGCACGGUGUGCUUGUCCAAGAUCGAAGGAGGCGACGAGGUUGCGGAGCUGACGUGUCACCACGCGUUCCACAAAAUUUGUCUGGACAGAUGGUCACACUACUCCUUCUUCACCCGCCGCCGCCAUCCCACGUGUCCACUCUGCCGCCGUUCAUUGACCGUGGCGCCGGAAGAAGUGGUUGUAUUCGAUUUUGCUCGGUUCGUUUGCUCCGAUGACGAUAACCGCCAAACUUGGUGGCUCCGGUAGCUAGGCUAGGCUACGUGCAGCAUGUAAUUGACUAGCUACAAGCUAGUGUGUGAAUGUAUAUAUGUGUGUGUACGUAUCGUUGGUAGCUUCCGGCGAAUGGUAAUAAGAAUUCAUCUAUUUU